AGUAAGAAUACUAAUUAUUAUAAAUAACAUUCUACAAAUGGCACUUGUUCGUUGUACUCAACGACUGAAUUAUAUAUUUUUACCAAUGUUUUCAAAUUCAGUCCUUUAUCAUCAUUCUAUGAAACUCAUAGAUUCGAGUUCAACAAUGCCAGUUAUAAAACAAGAGACAAUACAAAAAAUAGAACAAUUAUCUUUACUUAAUGUUGAUGACGAUUAUGGUUUUUCUGUCCUAAAAGCUGCAAUUACUUUUACAGAAAAUUUACGUAAUACAAAGAUUAAUAAAGAAAUUGAACCUAUGCAUAGUCCAUUUGAGACGGAAUCCAUGCUUUUGCGAAAUGAUAAUGUAGAGCAUAACAUAUCUAGAAAAGAAAUCUUAAUGAAUGCUACUGUUACAGAGGAAGAAUAUUUUGUAGCUCCAUUACAGACUAUCGUACAAGCAUCAUGA